CUCAAGCACACGGCUGCGCUCAAUCGCAUGGCGGUCAAUGUGCCGUUAAAGAAGACUCCCACAUGGAUCAGCCGGAACCCACCCUGGCGACGUCCGUACGGCCACCGCAUCGCGUCGUCCGACGCAAUCACGUCCGUGUCGGUUCGGCAAGUGUCGGGCGUCGAAGCAGUCGCGCCGCUAACAUCUCUACCGCCAAAACGAUCUCGCCUCAUGCGCAUUCCGUCGAGGCAGGACAUCUCCAUGACGCUCCACCAGUGGAUUCAAGACAAGUUGAUGUGGUCAAGGUGUAUCCCGACAUGGCACGUGUCUCAUUUCAUCGCGUUCGACCCGACGUCGACAAAAAUCGCGAUCUGGCACACGUUCUUGGCAGCAAUUGUCUUAUACGACGCUCUCGUGGUGCCCCUACUCGUGUGCUUUGAUCAACUGCAUCACGGCAUGUGCAACAACACCGCCCUUCUGAUCGUGAUGGACGUCGCCGACCUGGCCUUUGUCCUGGAUGUGUACGUGCAGCUCUUCACAGGCUACUUCGAUAAUGGAGAUCUCGUCAUUGCGCCGGCAUCCACGAGGCGGCGGUACACGCGGUCGAUGCACUUUCCCCUGGACCUCCUCGCGCUGAUCCCUCUCGUGUGGCUCCCCAUCGAAGACUGGAAGUCUACCGGAGCAGCGGCGCGCGUUUCGACUCUGUGCGGCGCCCUGCGCGCCAAUAAGCUCCUACGGCUUCGUCGGCUGCCUCAGUACACGAUCGCUUUCGACAAGGUGUUUGCCCGAUACUUCAAAUUUUGCAAAAUCGUCAAAGUCGUCGUGGCGCUGGUCGUGUUUUGCCAUGUCAUGGGCUGUUUGUACGUCUUGUUUGGCAUUGCUGACGACGACAACAAGUGGAAGCUCGAAGCGCAUGUUGCCCACGAACCCCUGACGACGCAAUACAUGGCCGCCAUCUCGUGGGUCCUUGGCAUCGUGUCGCACGUCGCGGAAGGCGUGAUCCCGCGGACGGCGUGGCAGACGCUGUAUAUGUACACGGUCCAGCUGGGCGGGUUUACGCUCUUCGUGUACAUUUGCGGCACGCUCUUUAUGAUAUCGAAAUGCGAUGCCAACAACCGCGAACAAUUUGACGCCAAAGUCAACCAACUCCGGUACGUGCUGUCGUUCCACCGCGUGCCGGCCGAGAUUCAAGACCACGCAAUUGAAUUCCUCGAGCAUGGUUUUUUCAGUGGCGAGAGCCAAGACAAGAGCAACAUGCAGCUCUUGUGUCCGUCCAUAGCGAAGGAAGUCAAGUACACGCUGCUGAAGGGCACAGUCACGGCCGUCCCGUUCUUCAAAACGUGCAGCAUUGCGUUCAUCCGAGCGAUCAUCGACGUGAUGGAAACCAGAUCGUUGCCGACCAACUACUAUGUGUGUCGGACGGGCGACCAUGGCGAAGACAUGUACUUUGUCCAGUCGGGGGUCCUCGCCGUCCUCAUCGACUUUGUCAAGGUGCGCGAACUGCGCAAGGGGGCAUACUUUGGCGAGCUGUCGCUCUUCACGAAUCAAGUUCGAACGGCGGAUGUGGCGACUGCGACGUUUUGCAUCCUCCACCGCCUGUCACGCGUGCAUAUCACGCGCGUUUUGAAUGCAUACCCCGAAGCAGAGGGACCAAUCUUGGAGUGCGUCGAGAGGAUCUCGGAAGAGCUCGAGUUAAAAGCUCCGAAAGCUGGGGAGCUUGCCCGGCGGGGUAGUCUCCAGUACUCGGACACGUCCCUCCGGAACUGCACGUCGAGGUCGUCGCUACUCGCUCCAGUCGACUCACGGAGGCUUGAUUCUGGCGUCGACCAGAAAACGAGCGCCGCGAUUGCAGCCGCGAUGGCAUCUCCAAUCCGUAAAGCCCUCUGGACGCGAGUGUUGCUAUCGAAGCCGUUGGACCGGCGGAAACCCCUUCGUUGCGUGUGGGUUCUCGCCAUCAUGGUCGUCACGAUCUACAACCUCAUCAUGGUACCGUUGGUGUGUGCAUUCGACCUCAUGUACUCGGUCACCGUGCUGCUUUUCAACACUCUUGCCGACGCUGUGUUGUGGGCUGACAUCUAUGCCAAGCUGAACUUGUCGUUCGUCAUGGAAGCAGAGCACAUUGUCGACCCGAAACAGUGUGCGCUUCACUACAUCCGCACAGACUUUGCGUUUGACGUGGCGUGUGCGUUCCCGUGGUGGAUUCUGUACCCGCCAUCGCAUGAGCCGUGGCGAUUUAUUCGCCUCUUUCGAUUACUCAACUUCUUGGCCGAGUUCGAAGAAGUGGCCACAUUUGUCCACAUCAACAGUCGCCAUCGCAUCGCCGUAUUAGGGAUGGGCCUUCUCCUGUCGUACCAUGUCGCGGGGUGUCUGGCCCACACGUACACCCAGCACGCUGGGUUUGGCGAUACUGCGUUUGGCUGGCUGCCACCGAAGACGAUGCAAUUGACCGCUGUCGCAAACGCCAUCACGGGCGACAUCGAAGCCUACCAGUUUGCCAACGGCACGGCCAUUCCGCCCGACUCGCCCGACGUGAUGCGCAUCCUCUUGCUGCAGUACACACGCGCCGUUCAAUAUGGCGCCGUGUGCAUCACGAACUUGGGGCGACCGUAUGAGCCCGUCACGUUCGCUGAGUACAUGUUUGCCUUUACGCUCAUGUUGAUUGGUAUGUUGCUGGUGUCGAUUAUCAUCGACGAAGUCCAAAAGCGCGUGACUGCGUCGGCCGUCGAACAAAUGGAGUUCCUGUCCACGCGGUCGCGCAUCUUGCACUUUCUCAAGCGACAAAAGGCCCCCGCGGACCUCCACCGCCGCGUCCUUGCAUUUCUCGAUUUUUCCUGGAGCGCCCAUCGCGGCGCUGACAUCAACACGCUCGUGUCCGAGUUGCCGAGCACGAUGCAGCGUGACAUCUAUGGCUACAUUUGCGGCCCGAUCUUGGAAAUGAUUGCACACUUGGAUCACGUCAGCAGCGUGUACGACCAAGUGAUUACCAAGUUCCUCGACAACGUCACGAUUCAACUCUACGGCCAAGGCGAAAUGAUCUACCGACUUGGGGACAUUGGAGACGCCAUGUACAUGCUGUUGCAAGGCCAUGUCGCGACUUAUGUGGCGACCCAGCUCCACGAGUUGAACCAAGGGGACUUGUUUGGGCUGGCAAGUCUGAAUUUUGCCGGCGAGUACAUUGCCCACACCGACAACGCGAUUGCACGAAGCGCGUGUGUUGUGGCGAUCGUGUCGCGGGACACGGUCGCCGCACUGAAUCAAAUCUAUCCGCGGUUUGCCGACGGGGUCAAGAAGCGGUGUCUGCGUGUUAGCCGACAAGCAACCAUGACUGCCAAGGCAAAAACGGAGAAUGCGGCGCAUCCCCAAGCGAUCAAUCCGGACUCAAACAUGUCUGUGAUGUGGGAAACCUUCCUCUUUUUUGGCAUUGCGUACCAAGUGAUCAUGGUGCCGUAUUACAUGGCGUUCGGUUUCUCCAAGAGCAACGUGGCCGCCGUUGACGUUGUGUCGAUCGUUCUCGAAGUGAGCUUUCUCGUCGACAUCGUGCUGAAGACUCGAACGGGGUACAUGGACUACGGCAACAAGGUCAUGGACGUGCCGGUGAUUCGACGUCGUUAUCUGCGCUCGACUGCCUUUGUCCUCGACUUGCUCGCUGUGCUCCCGACAAACCUUGUCAACGCUUUCGUCGACAGUCCGCGCUCCGAAGCGUGGAACAUCAACAAGUUGCUUCGCUUGUUCAAGCUGUCGUCCCAGAUCGACCACUUGGAGCGGCAGUACUUCACCAUUAUCACGCAGAUCCGCGUGUCCAAGCUCGUGUUUUACAUCUACUUGCUUGCCCACUUUGUCGGGUGCACGUGGUACAAUUUUGCCAGCAACGAGUCGACGCUGCUCAACGUGAUCAACACCGACCAGUUUGGCGCGGACGUGUGGCUGCCAGGCAACGACAUUGCGACCGCCAACACAAACCACACCAACGCAUUCAAGCUCGCCAAGGUCAUGUACUGGGGCGUCGGCAUGUUGUUUGGGUUUCACCCGGGGGGCCAUCCGACCACCGUGAUCGAGUAUAUGUUCACAAUGGUCGUGCAAACGGUGGGGGUGUUUUUACUCGCGUACGUGGUCGGGAACCUCCUCGACAUUGUCCAAGUCACGGACGGCAACAGCCGUCUCUUUUACAGCAAUUUAAACUACGUGCGCAAGCUGCUGCGGUACUUUUCGUUUUCGGACGACGUACAGUCCAAGAUCCAGUACUUUUACUUUUACCGCCUCUUCCACAGCAUCCACGAAGAGCACAUCUUGGUCAGGUGCUUGCCGCCGUCGCUGACCGCCGACAUUCGCAUGUUUCUUCUCACGCCCAUGCUGAACAAGGUCCCGUUUCUGCAGGACAACGUGGCGGGAGCGAGCGUGACUCGGAUCCUUGUCAGUCAGAUGUCCCAGAUGCUUGUCACGCGCGACGAAAUCAUUUGCCGGCAGCACGACGUCGGACGGGAAAUGUACUUUGUUUUUACGGGAUGCCUCGACGUGUUCAUCUCGACGUCGACCGCGAUUCGAUUUGAGGGCAACCUCGGCAUCAAGGUCCACGAAAUCACGGACGGGUCGUUCUUUGGCGAGAAAGCGCUCUUUUCAAACGAGCCGCGCAAUGCCACGAUCAAAGCCCGGACGUUCUGCACGUUGUACAAACUGUCGCUUGCCCACCUCCACUCGAUCUUUUCGUGGCACCCCGAGUGGAAAGCAAAGGUGCUCGACAUUGUCCAGCACCUGUACGAAGAGCAAGCGGCGCGACUUCAGCAGGUGACGGGGACGCAAUCCAUAGCGCAGCCUGUUGCUAUGGUGAACGGCGCGACGUCUACCAUCGUCGGUCCGUUGCAGCGCAGCGGCACCACCAAACUACUGGUCCAAACAAAAGUCGUCCCGGCGCCACCCGUCGGGAAUGUCGACGCAUCGCCCUCGUCGAGUGACUCAGACAGAUCAAACAGCGCGAUCAAGGUUGUCGCCCGGCCCGUUGCAGUCGCUCUGUCCUUGCGAGAUCUCAUCGGCCAAAUCCACGAGAACGCGACACCAUUGUGGAAGCGGUGGGGCCACCAAUUCCUCCACGUCGAAAUUCAGUCGCCGCUCUACUGCACGUACCUGACGGUGCUCUGCUUUUCGAUUUUGCACGUCGCGCUGAGCGUUCCGUUCAUGCUCACGUUUGGCCACCAAGGCCUGAAUGAAAUCGCCGUCGCUGUCGUCAAGUUGCUCAACGUAGUUGUCGACGUUGUGUUUGCGUACGACAUUUGGUUCAAGCGCCACCUCGUCGAAACCACGUUGUCGAGAGAAUUCUACGAGCGCAACGACGUCCAACAGACAAGCGUCGCCUUGGACGUAGUCGCGAUCAUCCCGCUCGACUACAUCUGCGACCCCUUCUUCGCGUGGUCGCCCCUGCUUCGCUUCAACAGGUUCUUGAAACUGAGGCAACUCAGCCGCACGAUCUCGGAAAUCCACCGCUUUAGCAUGUCGUACGAGCUCAAUCGGCUCAAGCUCUUGGCGCUGUACUACUUCAUCGUGAGCUACUGGACGGCGUGUGCAUACUUUGGCAUCACGUUUGUCGACGGGUUCGCGACGCAGUGGAACACGUCGCUGCCCACGGCCGACUUUCAGCUACACGACCACGAGACAGCCGAGUCGGAGGUGCACCGCCUCCUCCGGUGCAUGUACUUUGCCGGGACGUUGUACACGGGGGCAGGCAUCGUGUACGAACCGACGACGAUGCUGCAGUACUCGUUCAUCCUCGUCAUGUCGGUGUUUGGUGUCUUCGUGAUGGGGUAUGUCAUUGGCGAGGGGUCGAUGUUGUGCAUCUACCUCAUUCAGAACGAAGUCGACUUCAAAAUCAACCAAAUGAACGUGAUGGAGUUCUUGUCGCGGAAGCGCCUGACCCGAACGCUGCAUGGUCGAGUCCGCGGGUACAUGGCAUACUGGUGGACAACCCAUCAAGGCGUGGCGUUUCAGUCGAUCCUGGAGCAACUGCCACCCAAGAUUCGGUCGCAAUCGAGCCUGCAAAUCGCGCGGUUGAGCUUGUCUCGGUUCUCGAUGCGAUACCUUCGGCCGCUGUCCAAGGACACUCGAGAUCAUGAUUUGAUGAUUUGCAGCCUGGCACAGCGCGUUGUGUUUGAAGGUUAUCCGAAAGGAGAAGCCGUCGUCGUCCAGGGCAACCUUGGGCAACACGUGUACUUUGUCUCGAAAGGAGAGCUCAUUUCACUGUCGACGCUGUCGCACUUCGUUUCAUCCAGGUACUCGGAAGGUCAGUACUUUGGGGACGACGGGUUUUUGGGAGGCGCUGUGUGCCAUUGCUCCAUUGUGACCGCACGCGCGUGUGACUUGCUCUCUCUGUCGGCUGAGGACUUUGUCCUCGCCAUGGAGUCCCACCCACGCUAUGCGGAAGCGCUUCGUCUCGCUCGUGAUGUGACAGAACACGUGGCUUACAAGUCCAUGUGCAUCAACGACACUGGAGAAGUGAUUGUGCGGCAGACAAUUGAAGAGCAAGCAGCAACGUUGAAACACUUUCCGCCCAUGACAGAAGACCAAUGCAGCCUCGUGUUCAAGCAGUUCCUAAGACUGUUCGUCAGUUCCCACGCCGUAAAGACUGCAGCUCGGCACGUGGCAUCGACCAAGAGUUCAAGGCGGUCGCUCGUGUCAUGUCAGAAGUGCUGGAAACGCCUCGGGACUGUCCAGUGCAACCUAUGCCAACUCACAUUUUGCGGCCCUUGCUGCAGUCAAACGCAUGCAUCCAAGGAGCUACGGGGACACCUCGACAGCAUCACCACCACUGAGAUAUUCACCCCUCGCCCCUCCUUGCUCAGUGCACGCGAGAGACGCGAGUCGCGGAGCAACCAGACCGACGGCCGAAGCUCCCAUCGCACCACCGAAUCGCGUCACGUUGGAGCACCGGAUAAACUGGAGAAUUGAAAUUGUGGUAUCCGGACA